AUGCUUUUCCGAGUCGCCUCCUUGGUGGCCGUAAUACACUGCGAGCCUCAUCACAUCUCAGCCCGGCGCGUUUCCGUAAUUGGCUCCUCAAUACUCUCCUUAUCCUUAUUUAGCUUGUUGCUUUUAUCAGCGCUCGUACAGCUCACUCCUCGCCGACCGCCAAUGUCCGAAGCUCUUCCUGAAGACCCCUCGAUAGAGCAAAUUGCAAGCAACAUUCACUUGGCAGAAUUGCUAGCCUCUGGCGGUGGUGCGGAUGUCUCUUCCCUUUCUACAACCCAUCAAAGUCAAGAAGAAAUUCGCUCGUUGCUGGAGAAUCAUCUUACAUCGCACAAUAAAUCCGUCCAAGUUGGUCUACUAGAGCGCUAUAUGAGGAUCUGUCGCAAGUCCUCGACUAAUUACCCACCAUUUCCGAUCACUGGAAUCAAAGCCUGUCUCUAUAUUCUCAAAGUCUCAACCGACAAGACGGACGUGUCCAUUAAGGAGAAGCUUGCGGUCGUAAUCGAAACUUGGAGAGCUACCUUGGAACAAGCAAUUGGCCCUGUAUUCGCUGGGUCGCCAUCCAUUUGGACUUGCAAAGCUUUAACUCAACUCACUGGACGGUCUGAGAACUCUACAAAUUCACCUAUCACUAACUCUGGCAAAAGGAAGCGUUCGCAGGAUAGCUUAAGCGGGGUCAACAGCCAAUUAAUCCCUAGCUCCUCUCCACUCCCUCAACGCUGUCGAACUGCGUCAUCAAGAAUUUCAGAAAGUUUGUUAUCACAGCAAAGUCCUAGUCAUUUGACCCCAAACAACCUCAGUGGUCCGAAAGAUCCAAAAGAAGUCACGAUCUGCUCAAAUCUACUCCCAUCAGAAUCGAGCCAACCUACUAGCAUGAAAACAAUCACAAAUCAUAAGCAAGACCCCGUCAACUCGUCAUCUAACGACCCUGUUAAAACAGUUCAACUUCCUUUAUUACAAACCUCGUCUUCGGCUGCUCCGGUCACCUCUUGCCCCCUCCUGUCGCCUUCAGUUGGAAGCUCAUCAGCUUUACAGCCAUCUCAAGUGCAUAUGCCUCUCCCCAAUACCCUCUCAUCGCAAGUUGCCAAUCCCAAAACUGGCCCGCAGCCUUCGCUUGAUUCUCAAAGUCAAAUAUCAAGAGUCACUCAAAACAUUAAUCACCGGAUCGAAGCACCUACCUCAGCGGCUAAUCACUUAGCAAACGAGCGCGACAAAGUCUCCCGCAUUUUACCCGUCCCAAAUUGCCUCUCGGCCAAUCCUCCGAUUCCAGCGCAAGCAGACAAGUGGCAACGGGCUUUUCGUCGCCUUGAUUUGGCGGUAACUGAACUUCUGGAAUCAAUUCCGCUCACCCCAGUCGUCUCUCUCAGCGAGAGUUCUUUUUACAGGCCUAUAGAGUUUUCGCCCGCUUUUCAAUGGACACCUCCGAGCGUUUCCUCCUAUGUAAACCCACCAGGGUUAAGUUUGACUAACAUUCCUCCAAUCGUCACUUUUCGACCCCAGCUUGAACUGCAUAGCCCGCCUGCCAAGCCUUCCAAUGUUCCUACACCUGAUUCUUCGCGACAGACUAAUCUAGGGAUGAUUAGAAUUGCUUCAGAAAAACAGAUGUCAAAUGCCUUUUCAUUUCCUCCGGUCACGCUGAAUAAUACGACUCAUGGCAAACCACCAACUCCUGCUUCUCCAGCAAUAACCCCCUUACCACCAACACGACCUAGCUCUACAAUUCAGCCCGCUCCGUCAAGUUCUUUGGUUUAUAGUAAUCAGAGUAGUAGCAUACAACCUAAUCUGCACCAAUUUAGUCAGUUGCCAGGAAAUGUACAAGUUAAUAACAUACAACCUAGUCUACAACAACCAGGACAGUUGCCGGUGAAUGUCCAAAGUAAUAGCAUACAACCUAGUCCGCAGCAAUCUAGCCAGUCGCCGGGGAACGUGCCUGUUGAGCCACAGCCCAUCUUCAAUGUCACCGUAGCUCAAAAAAUGAAAUUCGUGGAUACAUAUCGACGUGUUGAUGCAUCUGGGAAAGCCAAGUUGGAGGCUACUCUGAGGAAGAAUAAACUGUGGGAUGUUCUGGCUCCUCUUUUGACUCCAUCCGCCAUUGGGACUCCAACUGCCACCACCACGCCUCAAAACGCAUCACCCGCUCCUCAGCCUCAGGUCAAUGCUGUCUCCACCCCUCUUAAUCAGACGACUGUCCAAAAUUCCUUGUCAUCUACACCAAUGCUUCACAGUACACCUAAGAAAUCUGAUUCAGCAAGCACAGUUGUCGCAAAUGCACACGUCCCUGCAGUUGCAACACCGAAGCAAUUCGACUCGUGUACAGUUAAUUCUGAGUCUUCAAAUGCCAUUUCGCAGUCAGCCAGCCCACAGGUUUACCAAGGGUCGAUCCACGCAAACUACCUAAAUAGCGCCGCGCCUUUUAACGACGGAGCAUUGGAUCCUGUGCUGACUAAGAUGAUCUUAGCCAUGCUUGCGGCAGAGCCUCAAGCGACCAAUGUUCUAAUGGUUGCAUUUGAAUCAUUAGGGAUCCGGAACCGUGAUGCGAUCAUGACUCAUCUGAAGGCUCUUGCAGUGCCUGUCAACGGCGUCGACGAUUUUUGGCAGCUACGCACUCAAGCUGGACUAGCCUCCCCCGCCACAGUCUUGCCCGACUCACCAUCGAUCGCCAGUCAUCCUCAAUUAACACCCAAACCUGUCAAUCCGAUCACCGUACCAACGAUGCAAAGCAAGCAUGCUCCACAGCCAGAUCGUCCACUUACCAAUGGUACCAUUGAUAAGUCUACCUACGCGGCCUCCAACCCACUACUUCACCCGUCUGCAAAGCAAGAUAGCCCGUCGCGACUUGGUCAACCCAAGGCUCACCCACAGGAUCAGAAUGCAGUAGGACACGGAACUAAGGAGCACAGUCGAGAAAACCCGAUACAGAGUUCAAAAGCAAUGAAUGGAGCUAGGACCGAAGCUAUGGAUGAGAUAGAAGUUCUCGAGGUGGUUGAUCGGCAGAAAACAAACAAAGCGACAUCCGCGACGGACAUGGUGAGCGAAAAAAAGCAUUCAAGUGAUCCGGCGAAGAAGAGAAUGACUCCAAUCAGUAGUGAAUGGGAGAGCAAAAAACUGGCUUUCAUGGGAGAUGGAGAAAGUAGUAAAAGACCGAGCUCGAUCGGUCGACGCGGGGAGGAGACUCCAGUCAAUGACUGUCAAGCGAGCAGUAGUAGUACUAAAAAACCUCCUCACAGGUUCCAAGUUUCGAAAGAUAUGACUGGCCGACAUCACUUUAAUAUCCUCGAUGACGGGCUGCCCGGCUUCCCUGACGUCGAUCCCUCCUUCCAGAUCCACGGCGCUCCCGCUCGGGUCUUGGCUCGCUAUCCUCCCGAUCAACAAAUGCCGCCCGUUCGAACUUUCGUCCCUCUACUCAAAAAAUCUCAAACUUAG